AUGGAGCUGGCAGCGGGGAACCUGAGCGAGGGGAACGGGAGCGGGCCCGAGCCCCCCGCCCCAGAGCCCAGGCCUCUCUUCGGCAUCGGCGUCGAGAACUUCAUCACUCUGGCGCUGUUCGGCCUGAUCUUCGCGUUCGGCGUGCUGGGCAACAGCCUGGUGAUCACGGUGCUGGCGCGCAGCAAGCCCGGCAAGCGGCGCAGCACCACCAGCCUGUUCAUCCUCAACCUGAGCAUCGCCGACCUGGCCUACCUGCUUUUCUGCGUCCCCUUCCAGGCCACGGUGUACGCGCUGCCCACCUGGGUGCUGGGCGCCUUCAUCUGCAGGUUCACCCACUAUUUCUUCACUGUCUCCAUGCUGGUCAGCAUCUUCACCCUGGCCGCCAUGUCGGUGGACCGCUACGUGGCCAUAGUGCACUCGCGGCGCUCCUCCUCCCUGCGGGUGUCCCGCAACGCGCUGCUGGGCGUGGGCUGCAUCUGGGCACUGUCCAUGGCCAUGGCCUCGCCCGUGGCCUACCACCACCGCCUCUUCCACUGGGAAGUCAGAAACCAGACCUUCUGCUGGGAGCAGUGGCCCAACCAGGGCCAUAAGAAGGCCUAUGUGGUGUGCACCUUCGUCUUCGGCUACCUGCUGCCUCUUCUGCUCAUUUCCUUCUGCUAUGCCAAGGUCCUGAACCAUUUGCAUAAAAAGUUGAGGAACAUGUCGAAGAAGUCGGAAGCAUCGAAGAAAAAGACCGCGCAGACGGUUCUGGUGGUGGUCGUGGUUUUUGGGAUAUCCUGGCUGCCGCACCACGUCAUCAAUCUCUGGGCUGAGUUUGGGGUUUUCCCGCUGACCCCCGCCUCCUUCCUCUUCCGAAUCGCAGCCCACUGCCUGGCCUACAGCAAUUCCUCGGUGAAUCCCAUCAUAUACGCUUUCCUCUCAGAGAACUUUAGGAAGGCCUACAAGCAGGUGUUCAAGUGCCGCUUUCGCAACACAGCGUCUCUUCACGACGCGAAAGAAAACAGAAGUCGAGCCGACACCCCGCCGUCCACCAACUGCACUCAUGUGUGAGCAGCCUGUCCGCGCGGUCAGCGCUCGCCUGUGCGGUUUCCGUCCAUGUGGACCCG